AUGAAAUUCGAAUACGUUUACAGUUACUCGUUGUCUGAAGACGACUACGCCCACGAUGACGACCUCAACGACUUCGUCGUGUACGAGCCCAUCCCCCAGGAGGCGCCAGAAUCCGAAGACGUACUCCAGCGAGACAGAAUCCUCGAGAUGACCUCCUCACUCAAGCCCAACGAGACCCAGACCCAGAAGCUCCUCCGUGCCCACAUCUCGGUAUUGGCGUCAGCACUCGGAGGUCCUGACCACACUUCGGCAGAAUCGCCACCUCCCUACAAGCUUGGUCACGACGCGUUGGCGUGCUUGAAGGACAUCAAACGGUGGAUCAAGUCGUUCGAUGAGAAGAACAAUCGCUACGAAGUGGCGUUGGCAUGUGCUGACUCCGGAUUGGUGGCCAACGACUUGGUGGUUAUAUUGUGCCAGUGGGAGGCCCAGUGUCAGCGCAAAGAAACCAUCAAAAACGCUCGUACCUCCGAGAAGAUCAUGUUGGCAUGUCUUGAGUUGUUGGUGCUUUUAACGUGGCCAGUGGAAUUGGGGGCCGAUUUGUCCCCCAACCAGAAGCUCCUUUAUGCUGACAUCAAGAAGGCCCAGCUCACCUACAAACACUGCAUUUUGUCCUACAAAAACGGACACACUCUCAAGGCCAUCAUCCGGUUGGUGUUGCCCACUAUUGCCAAGAGCAAGCUCGAUAGAGAGCCUCGUGACAACGCCAUUCUCCGGCUCGUGCUCUAUUUCUUGAGAAACGUGCUCUUCAUAGAGCCAGCCACCUCCUCCAUCUCCACCAAGUCGCUGAAGCCAGUCAUUGAUGCUGAUAAUAUGCCCGCCAACAUCUCCUACGACGACAUUUCCUUGAAUACCGUGCUACAAGCCUACAAGAAGAACAAGGCAUUGAUGCUCUUGCUUACUAUUUCGGGCUCGGUUGGUACUGAGUUCGAUAAGCAGAUGUUUGGUCCUUCGUGCUUGGAAUGUAUAUAUUUGAUUAUUCGAGGAACGCUGGCCAAAGACGUUCUAGGAUUGAGCUCAAGCUCUAAACGCGACGCUGACCAACCAGCCAAUUCCACUGUCCCUCAGUCCAAUAAUGCCAGUGCCUCCAAGCCUCUUCAGUCCUACACAACCACAACCGGAAUGCAACUCCUGGACCUUUUGGCGGAUGAAUCUCAAAAGAAAAAGAACCAGAACCAGCAUUUGCAGACUAGACACGGAAGGUUCGGCACUCUCCUCUCCCUUCGCACCAAUGAUGCCAAUUCCUACGUGAUAUCGGGCCAGGAGGCCUUGUACGAUACCGAAUCCACCCUUGAAAAGUUGGACAGGACCAAGAAAUGGAACAACCGCAAUCUCUUCAAAUACGACGCGGACGAGUUUGUCAAGACCAGUGUUCCUGUCUACUUAAAUCAUCAAGGAAGACAGAUUCUUGCGGAGUUCAUUGACCAGAUUUUAUGUGGUGGAUGCUUCAACAACUUGAUCGAGGGAAUAUCAUCCAUUUUUGCUGGUUUGACAGAUCUCACUUACGUAGAUGAAUACGAGAAAGCUACAUUUUUCUUGACAUUGUCGUGGUUUUUGAAAUACAAGAGGGAGGUCAAGGCCAAUGGAUGUGUUGUGGAAGACUCCAAUGAUUUUGGAUCUAUUGGAGCAGGAUUGAGUGAGGUCAAUUUUAUUUUGAUCAUAUCUUAUCUCCGAGAAUCAUAUGCUGCUAAGCGUUGGAGUUCCCUUCAUGCUGCCAUGAUAUGCUUCAGGGAGUUGCUUGAAAUCUCCCAAUCAUUGUUUGGGAAAACUCAAGGUGAAGAUGAGUCACAACAUGAAAUCGAUAGAGAGUUGGCAGAAGGCAUCAUUAGAAAGCUCUUCUCGUUCAGUGAUUUCUUGAAUAUUAUAAUCCAGAUUCCACAAACAGCAGCCAAGCAUUCUCCAGACUACUUGAGUGUCAGUAUUUCAGUAGUCCACAUUAUUCUAAAAUCUUUCAAAACAUUUGCAGAAGAAGAUAUGAAGCUUUACAUUCAGACCAAAAGAAAAAAGGCAAGACAGAAUAAAAAGAGAAUCAAUGGUCUUGAUAAAAAUACUGAAGACUCGCUUAGAGAUGUUAUAGAAAAUUCAGAUGACGAAGAAUUUGAGGACAGGAUUAGCCAGGUUAAAAGAGAAAGAAGAUUGGAUUUCAACACAACAGAGAUACGAUUCUUUCAAACAUCUAUAGUGUCAACAUACAUUGAGUAUUUAUCCAGAUAUGAAGAUCUUACUAACGAGGAGAUAAAACGGUGCUUGACUUACUUCCAUCGUUUGUUUGUGGUGAGAAAAGACUUCACUGGUUUGUAUCGUUUGGAUUUCAUGAAUAUUAUCCACAAAUUGAGAAGCUAUUUGCCCAGAGGAUCAAGUAUAAGAAAUCACGUUGACGAGUUCAUUUACUACUUCAUGAAGAAAUUCAAGGUGGCAUUGGCAAGAUUUCCAAACCCGAUAGAGAUCUUAUUUCCCAGAUUCGAAGAUGCAGAAUGCAAGACUUAUUUGGCUACAGGCGAGCUAUACAUAAAACCAGAAACGUCCAAAGGAUCUAAUAUGCCAAGGUUGGCAAAGGCAUUGGAAUUUGUUAGAGAUAACUUGUCAAUGGAUGAAAAAUUCAAGAUUCUUAUCAGUAACUUGCAUAUCGAGGAGAAGGAGAAUUUUCUUAAGUGGUUGAUUGAAGACUUGGAUAGAAUCUUGAAAGAAAGAGUUCUCAAUCCAGGUCAAUAUUCACUUAAACCAACCCCCCAAUUCCGUCGUAACUUGAUCAAUUCGGGAACGAUUAGAUUCUUAUUGAGUAUAGUGGGGUUCGAACUCCCUUUCAUAUUAGACGAGAAUUGUGAGCUACCAGAGACAAUUACUAACGAAUCUUUGACCGAGUCUCUUGACUUAAUUCGCAAGUGGAAUGCCCAACAGCCAGCAGUAUUUGAGGAUGAUAAAAAUCCAUCUUAUUUCUUAAGAACCCGUGACACUUACAGUGAGAACUACGGCGACGACGACAUUGACUAUAAUGGGAGACUCGAGGAAGAUAACGAUGCUAUUGCAUUUGUGACGGAACCAAAUGCUAAUGGUGCCAGGAACAAUCUUAACGAAUUGGAUACUCUUGACGAACUCGAGAGAUCUUUAGACUUGAGUGGAUUAGAAAGAGGUAAGGCCAGAAAGAAGACAACUACAACCAAAUUCAAGCCUGCCAUCAAGGCAAAGAAGGUUCCUAGAGAGAAUUUGACUCGACGCCGUCCUCCAAAAUCGUUCAACGUUACUUCAGACGACGAAAGCGGACACAUGCCUAUAAAAUCAGCAGAGUACAUUCGCGAUUCGGAUGACGAGUCCGACGCUGAGAAAGAAACUCAGUUCUUCGAGCGUGAAGAGAGGUUACGUCAGCUUUUGACUGCUUCUGGUGGAAUAGUCAAUCCAAAGCAAUUGAAAGCAUUUAAAGAAGCAUGGUCAAAGUUGGAAUCCAGCCGAGGACAAGAAACUGCCGAAUCAGUUUCUUUGGCGCUCAAGGAAACUUCGUUGUUCGUUGACUCAGAAAAUGAGGAAACUCCCAGUCAAUUCACCCAAAGUCAAGCUUCUCAGGAUUUACCUGCUUCUCAAUUGUCUCAGACCAGCUUGUCAGAAGAUUCUGAAACUGAAGAAGUGGACGAAGAGAUCGAAAGGAAAAGAAAAGCCGACGAUGUUACAGCUCCGAGAAAGAGGAGAGUGAUCUUGAGCGACGAAGAAGAUGAGUGA